AUGUCCAAGGAUGCCCUAUUCGACAGAAUCGAGGAACUCGAAUCCCAAUUAAACGCAGUUUCCAAGCCUGCCCAAGAGCAAACCCUGCAUCUCCAUCAUGAAAACCCAGAGGAACUCCCUUUUCACCACUUGCCCGAAGUAGGUCAUCUGUUCGAUGUGAUGGAGUAUUUGACGACAGGGCAAAUGCCAGGCCGGACACCGGUAAGGCCAUCCUCGUCACCGGGAACUUUGAUCGCCAAAGAAAUAGACCAAAUAUUUGAAGACAUAGUCUUGGAAAACGACCAGUUGAAGAAUACCGAAAUAGAGCACGAUCCGUUCACCGAUGAUGCCCAACCGCCCGUACCAACCGAUAAAGAGGGCUUGAAGUAUAUUCAAAUCUACAUGGAGACAAUGCAUAACCAUAUGCCGUACCUGGAUAGCGGGGAGAUAUAUCAGAUGCACAGCAAAAGACUUCAACCUAUUGCACUCGCACGCUCCGCACGCUGGAAGUCUUCUAAACUGUUUAUGGUUUAUGCUAUCGGGGCAGCAACCUGCAGAGUGACAGAAAGCCAGCCCAGUAUUACUGCAGGUGAACUUUUCCGCACGGCCUUGCGUCUAAAGCCUUCAGUCGCCGAGCUUCGUUCGCUUCAGAGUAUUGAAGCGAUGAUGCUAUUGAUAAUGUACAACCUACGCAUACCAAACAGCUCCAGUAUUUGGUAUAUGAUAGGCCUGGCCAUGCGGACCGCCAUCGAUCUUGGGCUACACCGAGAAGAAAAUUACCUUCAUUUGAAACCCCAUGAGGCCCAGAGCAUGCGGCGGGUGUUUUGGAGCGUUUACGUCAUGGAUCGAAGUAUUGCACGGCUUCUUGAUCGACCAUUCAAUAUUGCGGAACAAGACAUCGAUGUCGAAUUGCCCUAUGAUUACCAAGAGCCCCGUCCUUACAAUUACCCCGAUGAGAGAACAGCACACGAAGGAACAGCGCUCAGAACCAGCAUCGCGGCUUUUAUUCCUGUCAUCAGACUGAUCCGCCUAAAGUCGCAAAUUCAAACCAGAGUCCAUAGAGUUGACAAGGAGAUUUCAUUGUUGAUUCCUGAAAUCAAUCCUUUAUUCUCUGCAUUGGAAGAAUAUAAGCGAUCCUUGCAACCUGAUCUCUCGCCUAUAGACCAUGAUUGGAUCAAUAUGCAUUGGAAUAAUGGUAUUCUGAUUCUUAUCCAACCCUUUCUUCGGGAGCUCCCCCUGAUCAUGAAUUGA